CCUCCCUCACUUCCUCUCCGCCACUCCCAGUAGCUGGUCUUCAGAGUGUGUGACAGUACUGCUCUGAUUCUCCUGUGACUGGCAGCAUCUCUUCAGCUCCUCGGUUUGUGAAUCUACAGGACCAGGACAGGACCAGAACAAGGACCAGUGACAUGGAAAAGGCGCAAGGACCACCAGAGGGUUUUGCCCCACCAUACCCAGGGCCCCCCGUCAACAACUACGGAGGCAUGACUGCACCCCCCCAGCCUGAGAUGCCGGCCCCCCCAUACACCCCUCCCCAGCCUGGCCCCUACCAGGGAGGUCCUGUCCCUGGAGGAUACCCAGCUACACCCCAGUAUGCCAAUGUACAGCCUGGACCCCAGCAAGUGGUGACCCAGGUGGUGAGGGUGCCGCUGCUGUCGGACGUCCCGGGCCAGACGCAGUGCCCCCACUGCCAGCAGACGGUGAUCACCCAGACCCAGCACACCUCGGGCCUGCUCACCUGGAUCAUAUGUGGCUCCCUGGGGUUAUUUCUGUGCUGGCCGUGCUGCCUCAUCCCCUUCUGCGUGGACUCGUGCAAGGACGUGGAGCACCGCUGCCCCAACUGCCAUAACGUCGUGCACAUCUACAAGCGCAUGUGAGCCUCUGGAUGGGGCGGGGGCAGGGGUUUCAUUUGGGGACAGACUGUCUGGACCACAGUGAAGCAGGGGAGUAGGCUACAUGGAACACCACCAGCCACUACAGGAGCCUUAGUGGAACAGCUCCUACUCUCUUGCAAAUCAGAGGUAGAAAGGUCCUGCUGUGUGUUUCUUCCACCCAUGAACCCAGACAGCUGAAUUCACCAAUUAGUUUCUCCUCCAAGCUGAGGAACUUCCGCUAAUUAGCAAAUCCAUGGGGCUGGAAUAAAAUACUGGGGGGGACUUUUACAUUCUGAACCUGGAUUUUCCACCUCUGCAACAUCCCAUCAGUCAUUGCAGAUUCGGUUCUCUAUAUGUAUUACAGGUGGUUUAAUUGUGAACAGAUGAAGGAAGUAUUGGACAGGGCCUAUUAAUUUUCCUUGCUUUCAAUUAAAAAAAUGCAAAAUUAAAAAGUUAAAAAACAAUCGUGAGUGUGUGUUUGCGUGGGUGCGUGUGUGUGUGUGUGUGUGUGUGUGCUCCUCUGUCAGCAUGGGGAUUUUGUCGCCAUAUUGAAUUCCUAUUGCCUACAGAAUACAUUGAAUUGUUUGUUGUUGCUUGUUUAUUGUUUGUGCAAGUAAGGCGUUGUUCAUUCUUUUUCAUUUAUUCAUUUGAUUUUGAGCCCCUGCUAUUUUCUGAUUAUUGAAACAUUUUUUGUAUAUACUUUGUUUUUCUAUUAUAGUUGUAUAUACUUUAAUUAAAUAAAGGAUUCCACUAUCA